AAGUUUUGUGACAUGUGAGACUUGUGAUUGAGGUUAUCUUUAUCUAUUACAUUGAAUUGAGAAGUGUAUGAAAUCUAUUGGUUGAUGUAGCAAUAUCAAAGUUCCACUUUUGUUUCAUUUAUAUCUUAUUGAGAUAUAGCCUAUUAACUUAUUUUAGAGCUUUUUUAUACUGUGUACUGAUUUAAAUAAGUUCUAAACUGCUGUAACAGCUAUUCAAAGGGUAGGCUUAAGCUAGGUUUUAGGUUGUUUGUUUUGUAAAAACGAUGGUUAAGGUUUCCUCAAUCAUCUCUAACAAGAAGAAAAAUGCAUUACCCUCAUCCAAAUUACUUAAACCUAGGAAAUUCAAAACUUCUAGUAAGACGCCGGCUGAGGGGACCACUCAUAUAGGCCUAAAUAAAAACAAAUUGAAACUUGUUAAGGAAGAAAUCAAUGAAGGAUUAACCUCACAAUAUAGUGACAGUGUAGAGUUUCAUAACACUUCAAAGAAAAAGUCCCCCAAACAGAAGAAAUCUCUUAAAAGUGUAGAUAGUCAGAAUAUUCGCAGAAGUAGAAAUGCUUCUAUGGUUGUAAAUGACAAUGCAAACACGGAUCAUUGUCAGAAAUCUAAAUCGAGUCAAAGGAUUUCAACAUUGUUUGACUUUGGAAAAUCUCAAGAAAAAAUAAAAAGUGAAAUAAAAGAUGAAGAUGAGGAAAAAUGUUCCAAAAGUAAACUGAAGCCUUCAAACACAAAAUUAGAGGUGCAAUCGACUUUCAAAUUAAAAAAUAGAAAGACAAAGCUGAUAGAUAAUAUCAAGCCAUCCCUAACUGUUGAGGAUAUUAAAAAGGGAAAUAAUGAUAGGCCUAAACCUGGAGUAGGCCUAGACCUAGAAAAAUGCAAAUUGAAAGUUUCCAAGGUGACACCAAUAACCGAAGGUUUGCUGAAGCUGCUUAAUGGUUCCAGUAAAAAUUCUAAACCAGAAAUUUUAGAUGUGGGCGAACCAAUAUUUUUACAAGUGGAAUGUAUUAAAAUACCUAUAUGUCCUACAAAACAGCUACGGUUCAAACUUCCUCAUCCACUGGCAGACUCCUCCUCCGAUGUUCUGUUGAUCACAGCUGAUCUCAAAGGCCAGAAGAUAUAUCCAGAAAAGGCAGUGGAACACUAUGAGGAGUUCCUGGCAGACCUUGAAAUCAAUUUCAUCAACAAGGUGAUGCCGAUUAGGAUGAUCAGGAAGGAGUAUUCACAAUACGAGAUGAGGCAGAAACUAGUGGACCAGUUUGACAUCAUUCUAGCCGACUCAAGAAUUCUCAAGUCAUUGCCAUCUGUCCUUGGCAGAGCUGUUAUGUACAAACGCAAAAUGCCAAUCCCUGUGAAUCUCACUAUGAAGAAACUUAGGUUAAAGAAGCACCUAAGAGACGCAGUGUGCAAGACCCAGAUGACAGUGAAAUCCAAUGGACAUUGUUCUCUGGUGCAGGUCGGACAUACCAAGAUGAGCGGUAGUGAGGUAGCCACAAACAUCGUAGAAGUAGCCAAGUCCUUGGAGACAAUGUUUCCUGGAGGAUGGAAGAACAUCCGUUGUCUCACAGUUAAGACGGCCAAGAGUACAUCUCUGCCUGUCUACAUGUCUUUGUUGUCGCCCAAUGAGGUUAAGAUCCCAGUGGAGGUUAGUCGCAGGCCGCAGCCAGUAGAGGACGAGCUGUCCACCAUGCUGGGAUACAACGUGGUCGUCGCCCACGACGGCAACGUCAUGCUCAAGAAGGUGGCGGAGGAGGCCAAUGUUGAUGAUUCUAAAGAUGAUGAGAUACUGGAGGAAGCAAAGAAGUACAUGGAGUCUUCAAAGACGGUGAAAUAUGACGAGAGUAGCGAUGAGGAGAAGAACGAGGAAAAAGAUGGUGAAGACAGUGAAGACGAGGGAGAUGCAAUAACAGAAGCUAUGGAGAGGAAACUGAUGAAUAAAUAUCAGAACGAGAAGGCAAAAACAAAAAAGAACAAGAUGCAGGACGAGGAUGAAGAGGAAGAGGAAGAUGAAGAAGAUGAAGAAAGUGAAGAUGAGAGUGAAAUUGUUCCUAAGGCUGGGAAAAAGAGAAAACCCAAGGUAACUAAGAAGCAGAGUGGGCCUCCAGCUAAAAAAGUGUCAAGUGUGGCUGUAGCCAAGGGAAAAAGUAAACAAGUGGAUAAACAAACUGACAAGAAAACCGUUUCACCGGGAGUCAAGAAGCCACAAACGAGGGGAACACGAGCAGGAAAGAAGACUAAGUUGAGUAAAGACCAACGAAAGGCAUUGAUCAAGAGGAAAAAAGCAGGGAAGAAAUAAAAAGCUAAACUCUCAUUGCAUGUAUCCAUGUUUCAGCAAUCGGUACUGUACAUGUGUUUACUAUGAUUGAAAUAAAAUUGUUUUCAAACAAGAUUUGUACAGAAACUUUGAUAUGAAAUUCCUAAUUAUAUUUGGAAUAUAUUUUAUAAACGAUUGAAAACAGUUUUUUCUUACUGGUUUUUGUUGCAUUAAAUUCAUACACUUGUGAACUUAUUUGCAAAAAUAAAUGGUUUUAUUUCUGAA